GUGAAAUUCGAUCUCAUCAUGUACUUUAUUGAAUUGACCCUAUUUAAAGGGUAUGCGUUAGUAUACAUAAACUAUGGUGAAUUCAUACUUGUUAACUUGGUAUCAGUCGCAUUGUGAUAUCUUCCCUUCAUGGCUUCUCCCAAAUCUUCCUUUCACCCGACGUUAGCAUCUCAAACAUAAAAAACUAUAUCCCAAUUACUCUUGAUCUUGAUAAUAGUGAUUAUUCAUCAUGGGCGGAAUUGUUCAAAAUUACCGCCUGAGCAUACCAGGUCCUUGACCACAUAAUUCCAUCGGACAAUGAUACAUCCUCCACUUCUGCCGCCACGAACUCCUCUCUCACGAUUGAAUAGUGCCUCGCUCGUGACGCCGCCAAGGUUGAGACGAAUGCACCGUGGUCCCACCUUGAUGUCAUUGUUUUACAAUGGAUUUAUGGGAUCAUCUCUCAUGAUCUUCUCCAUACCAUAAUCAAAGUGGACUCCACCACCCAAGACGCUUGGGACUGCUUUGCCGAGCUCUUUCAAGACAACAAACAUUCAUGUCCUAUCUAUUUGGAGAAUGAAUUCUCCAACACACAGCUAGAUCAAUUCCUAAAUGUUGCUGCAUAUUGCCGUGGUCUGAAAACCCUCUCCACCAAUCUCAAGAAUGUUGAUGCACCGGUGGAUAACGAUCGGCUACUCCAUCGCAUGGUCAACGACCUCAAUCCUAUGAUAUUGUGGACUCCCUCAUUCAUCAAAAGGAACCAAUUUUGUCGUUCUCUAAGGCCCGUUCCAUGGUAAUCCUCGAAGAAUCUCGCCUCAAUCAACCAAAUGGCUCGUCUUCUGCCACGAUACUGCUGUAUUCCGAUGAGGUCACGCCACUGGGACCAUCUAGUUCUCGUGGAGGCCUUCUACUUCCAACCGAGGCGGCGGUCGUGGAUGCACAUCUUCCCAACAUGGCGGACGUGGACGAUAAUCUGGAUGUGCGGACCCCGUUUCUUAUCCGGGUCAGUGGCCCUAGCCUCCGCCUUGGGCCUACUGGAUGCAACCGCCAGCUUGGGCCACACCGCCUUGUCCAUACCCCGGUACUCUAUAGAAUGGCUAGCCUGGUCCACGCCCUUCCCCUGGUGCAGGCGUCUUGGGACCUCGCCCACAACAAGCGCAUAUGGUCGCUCCUCCCACCGACCUCUUCGCUGCCUUGCAGACUGCCACCCUCUCUCCUCCCGGAAAACAAUGGUACAUGGAUACUGUGGCUACAUCCAACACGUCUGGAUUACCGUUCGCGUCUGCCACGCUGGGAAGAGGUGCAUCCACGAUCGCCACCUCGGUUGGAAGUAGAACGGCCUCCAUGAGAAGCAGAUGGUCCCAGUGGCGUGACAUGAUCAAAAUGCAACAGUGUCGUGGAAAAAGAUGAGAAGUUCGGUAUAUUGCGGUGAGAUUCUUCGAGGAUUACCAUGGAACGAGCCUUAGAGAACAACGGAAGUGUCUCCUUUUGCUGAAUGAGGGAGGCCACAAUAUACUAGGAUUGAGAGAGGCUGUUGACCAUGCGAAGGAGUAGUCGAUCGUUAUCCACCGGUGCAUCAACAUUCUUGAGUUUGGUGGAGAGGGUUUUCAGACCACGACAAAAUGCAGAAACAUUCGAGAAAUGAUUCAGCCGUGUGUUAGAUAAUUCAUUUUCCAAACAGACAACACGUGAAUGCUUAUUGUCUUAAAAGAGAUCGGCAAGGUCGUCCCAAACGUCUUGGGUGGUGGAGUCCACUUUGAUUGUGGUAUGGAGAAGAUCAUGACAGAUGGUGUCAUAAAUCCAUUGUAAAACAAUGGCAUCAAGGCGAGACCACAAUGCAUCCGCCUCAACCUUGGUGGCGUCACGAGCGAUGUGUUGUUCAAUCAUGAGAGAGGAGUCUGUGGCGGUGGAGGUGGAGGAUGUAUAAUCGGUAAAGGGAAUUAUAUGGUCAAGGACCUGGUAUGCUCGGGCAGUAAUUUUGAACAAUUUCGCCCAUGAUGAAUAGUCACUAUUAUCAAGAUUAAGAGUAAUUGGGAUAUUGUUUUUAUGUUUUGAGAUGGCUAACGUCGGGUGAAAGGACGAUUUGGGGGGAGCCAUGAAGGGAAGAUAUAACGAGGUGUUUGAUAUCAAGUUAACA